AUGUCUCUCUUUCUCUCUCUCUUCUGUCACUUGGUCUUCUCUUCUGUCAUUUGGUCUUUUCUGUUACUUGAUCUUCUCUUCUCUCCUUGUCUUCUCCACCCCAUCAUGCCAACAAACUACGAAGAAAAACUCCUAGAAAAACUGUUUUUGCUCCAUUACCUCAACAAAAGAGGAACUGACAACUGGAAAUCAUCACUCAAAGAAAUGCUGCGUUUCUGUUGCCAGUUGUGGAAAUUGCAGACUCCCCGACUCGGAGUCAUCCACGAUGGAAAAACCGUCGAGUACAUUCAUAAUUUGUACCUUGAAAAAAGGUGGAAAUCCACAAAAUUGGAUGACGGAACUAUAACAAACAUCUUCACUUACGAUCUGCUCAAAAACAUCCUCGAAUAUGGCUUCAAAUCCGGAGCUGUUUACAGCCUGGAGUACCCCACAGACCUCAGCGCACUAUUGAAACAUACUGACUCGGAAAACUGUGGAUUUGUUGAUGGAGUUGAUGUUUGUGCUGUGAAAGAGAUUGUGAAAAACGUUCCUCAACAAUUCCUCGAAUUUGCAUAUGCCCUGGUGCACGAAAGGUAUCCUCAUCGCAGUGUUACAGAAUGGAGAGAGAUACAUGUCAACACCAACAUUAAUGAGUCUAGGUAUGCUCUGAAAGACUAUAGGGAGUAUUUUCGUCAUUUUUCUAGCAGAUUUCCCCACAAGUACAAAAAAAUCGACACCAAAAACACCCAGUUACACGAUGAAAUCCUGGUCAAUUUUUUUUUGACCAAUUGUGGUCCCCAUGCAGACAUACCUGGACUUCUAGCAGCUACAUUUCUGCACAAAAGUGUCGCUCAGUGGAAAAAGCAUUGUGAAGCUGCUCUGACUAAAAGAUUGAACAGUUUGGCCAUCUCAUGGUACGACCCAGACACUUGGAAACACGUCUACAACUUGUUUCUUCCUCGGUAUGAGUUGGUCCAGGCUGGACAAGCAAAGGAUAACCCUAUUGAACUUGAUGAUAAGGAGGAAGAAGAGCAAGUGGAGACCUCUAUAGAGACUUAUUCAAGUACAAAUAUCCUUCAAAGUGCUCUUAACAUCUUUGAAGGGUUCUUGGACUGUACACAUCAUCAUUCUACUCCGUCGGAGGUGUUUUUGGCCUGUUUCAACGAAGCUAUGAAACAAGAAACAAGUUUUUUCAACCGAGAGAAAGCAUAUGGAAAGUUGAAAAAGCUCUGUGGACAGUUGAAUACCGAACAGUCAACUUCAGAUAUCUCUCCAACCAACCUUGAGCGUUUCGAGUCCCUAGUGUCUCCUCCUUCAUCUUCUCAGAUGAGUGUUCCUGAAUCCGUACUGGGUGAGUUCAAUGGGUCAGGUACUACAAAAAACUCAUUAAACACGUCAGAAGAGACCUCCAACACAUCUGGACACACUUCCACCUCUAAAUAUAAUUCUACCGCUGAAGAUACUUCUGGUAACUCUUCGGCCUCCUCCAACAGAGUCAUUCCAAUGGAAGAUUCCCCUCCAUCAAGCCCUCUCUACAUCAUUCAACCUCAAACAAAUCAGACAUCAACUCCAGUUGCCCCUGUUCCUACUCAAAAAGACGCUAAAGAGAGAGAUAGAAAGAUUCGACACGAGCUCAUCAUUUCCAAGAAACAGCGACUCAACGGAGGGAAAGGACUGUUCAAGCAACCCCAAAUCCAGUCCAGAACUCCUCAGUCAUGUGAAAUUCACCCUAGAUAUCCUCAGUCGCGUGACACCAAAGUUCAAUCUGGAGUUCAGUCCACUGCUGCUGAACCAACUCCUACAGUCCUGCGACCUCCUGGAACACAAACAAUCCCAUCUAGAGGUUCAGGAACUCAAGAAAAACGUUUUUAUACACAACAUGAACAUUUUUCUCAACUGUUAGGAACUCCCCAGGGUCAAAAAUCUCUUGUUCAGCCCACUAUUGCUGCUCGGGGUCAAAACUCGUUUCAAGGUCUGUCAGAGAAAAUUUCCCAGGCUUCAAGAGACUCUGAAGCUCGCAAAACACAAGAUGGCAUUUAUAAGAGACCAAAAUUCAAAAUUCCAUCUCAUACAGGCCACGUGAAAGCCGCUCGGAUCUCGUUGGAGCACCUUACAGCAACAGCUCAUUCAGCGGUUCCUUCUGGGGCUCCUGGCAGACCAGCUCCUGUUAAACAGCAAAUAACUAGCGUUGAAACUGUCAAGGAGCUGUUCAGGCAGUUGCAAAAUGCAAGAAACGGUCCCAGUAUUCGAAAUUGUAACUACAAGUAG